CUUCAAGUCAAGGUGCAUCACAAGCACUCUUGCAUACCACCAUGGCGGUGAUCAAAUUCAUCCCUGGCAAGCAACGCAAGCAACGCAAACCACGCCAGCUCGGCGAGCUGCUGCAGACGCUGCCUCAAGAACUCUUCGACAAGAUCUACGACCUCACAUUCACCGCCGAGCCAGGACUGCGCGAUCUUGGAGACAUCAUAGGUGAAGAUCAAGGGCUCACAUGCCGCCGCCGAUACCGUGGUCAACAAUUCCUAGGCGCCGAUACCCGUGCGUUACUGCAAGUCGAUCGCGCCAGUCGCGCCAAGUUCGCCUCGUCUUACUAUGGGGAGGGCUCUGUAUUUCUCGCUCACUCCCACUUUGCUGCCUCAACGUGGUCGGAUUCGGUGGACCCACAACAUCGGCGCCUAAUUGCCGCUUUGCCUCGUAAACUUUCAUGGGCAGAAUUCUGUACACAUGAGGCCAAGAACAUAAUCGAUGCUGAGUAUGGGCACAGCAAACAGAUCCUCGCAGAGCUUCGUAAGAUCGGUAUCCGUGGAUUACCUACAGAUCAAGAAUGGGAUAACAUUUAUGAUCUGGAUCUCGACGGCAGACUCAUGCUAUAGAGCGAGGGAUGUGGAGAGUGGCUAUACGGCACUAAUCAAUGAGCUCGUUGUUGAGAGUGGUCACCAGACCGGCACCUCUCAGCAAGGAACAUGGAGCUCAGACUGCGGUAAACUUGUCACCAGGUCGGCACGAGCCAGGCAGAAUUUGUGAGGCGAAGCACGUAACAGGACUACCGAAAGUGUGUUUGCCGCCAGUCGUGCUGCGAUAGCGGUCCUUACUUCAACUUGAAGUCCUUAUAGGUCCACUUCUCAGUUCGUUGCCGUUGCGGUUUCUUCGCCUGUCCCACCUUCUUCCUGACCUCCAACUUGCCAUUGAUCAGCAGAUUUCGAUAUCGAUCGGUAAGCAAACUGCCCUCUGGUUUCAAGCGUCGCAGCGAGUCGUUGAGAUCCUCCGGCAAAGUCACCUCAACCGGCGCCUCUGGGACAGAAAGCUUCCCAAAUCGCCUCUUAGCAAGCUGCGAUGCCUCAUCCUCAUCCGACUC